UUGAUAGCGACGUAGACAGUUCCCGACACUUACCGAUACAUAAAUGCUGCUAGGACAUGACCUUAUACUUGUCGUGCGCCAGUUGUCAUGGUAUCAUUGUCAGUCUUCUAAUACUGUUGGCGUGUUUGGUUCCGCGCACCUCCCAACUUGCACAAGAGGCUGCAGGUAGUGUCGGGGAUGAUCACUGUCACGCGUCCGACCAGGGUUGUAUGUCCAGUAGAAGCUUUGCACGUGCAGUAAUGAGGGCGAUCAGAGUCACAGAGUUCGGGGGGCCGGAAGUGUUGAAAGUACACAAUGAUGUCCCAAUACCUCAACCCAAGUCAUCCGAGGUGCUGAUCAAAGUGAGUGCUGCAGGUGUCAACCCAGUAGACACGUAUAUCCGUAGCGGUGUGUAUCCAGCCAAACCUGCCCUGCCGUACACCCCUGGGAUGGAUAUCGCGGGGGUCGUCCAUGACGUUGGGGCAGAUGUGAAGAAAUUCAAGAAGGGUGAUCGCGUGUACUCCAUGCGGACAUCUUCAGGAGGUUAUGCUGAGUUCACCACAGUCGAGGAGAAGUAUAUCGGUCGUCUUAGUGAUGGCAUCACAUUCCAACAGGGUGCUGGAAUUGGAGUUCCCUACUACACAGCUUACAGAGCACUCCUGCUGAGAGGUGAGGCCCGUCCUGGCCAGACCGUCCUUGUCCAUGGUGCCAGUGGUGGGGUGGGCUCUGCAGCUGUCCAGGUCGCCAAGUCUCUUGGUAUCCGAGUGCUCGGAACGGCAGGGACUCCAGAAGGUGUGGAGGCUGUCAAGAAGAAUGGAGCAGAUGUGGUGUUCAACCACCGUGAGGAGGGUUACAUUCAGAAGAUCAUGGAUGCAACAGGAGGUGAGGGGCCAGAUGUCAUCCUUGAGAUGUUGGCCAACGUUAACCUGGAGAAGGACCUUGGCAUGAUCAAGUUACGUGGGCGGAUUGUGAACAUUGGUUCCCGUGGACCUACAGAGAUCAACCCACGUGCCACAAUGGGGAAAGAGUGCACCAUCACGGGCGUCAUGCUCAUGAUAUCAUCAGAUGCUGACUGGAAGGAGAUGCAUGCAGCAAUGGAGGCGGGGAUGUCCCAGGGCUGGCUGAGACCCAUCGUGGGGAAGGAGUUUCCUCUGGAGAAGGCAGCCGAGACUCACGACCUUAUCAUCAACACCAAAAGUGCCCAGGGAAACAUUGUGCUGAAACUCUAGAAACUCCAACAGCUACAACAGCCAUGUAACAGCUCUCAUAGUCACAGCAAUACAGUCACUGGCUGCUCAGGCAGAGUUUCACAGUAACCAUAGCAACCUAUGAGCUGUCAUAUCAGCCAAAUGUUUUCCAUAGACGAUUGUUUAUGCUGCCUUAUGGAAUGUGUAUCCUAGUCUGCUCAAUGUGUAUUCUUUAAGAGUGCUUGUCUUGUAAUCUCAUGCAAAUAUUCAAGAUUUGUGAGUUUUUAAGGGACCUUGGGGUAGCCAAGUGGUUAAAGCGUUCGCUUGUCACACCGAAUCCGCAGCUUCAAUUCCCCACAUGGGUACAAUGUGUUAAACCCAUGGUGUAUCCUCCCAUUAUAUUGCUGGAAUAUUGCUUAAAGUGGAGUAAAACCCAACUCCUCAUGACUAUUGUGCUUGUCUUGUAGUCAGAUGCACAUAUUCAGGGUGAAGGCUCUGUAGGAUGAAACACAGUCUGCAUUCAGACAGAUAAUUGUUUUCUCAGAAUGUUUACAUGGAUAUAAAGAGUUUUACUCAGAA